ACGGGAACUUUCGGUUGCUUUAGGGUUUCCAGGCUCUCCGUUCGUUGGGGGCGCUCACUAAGGCCGUUCUGUCGGCGACGCCGCCGCAAUGACCAUCUGUCAGUUCUUCCUUCAAGGCCGGUGUCGCUUUGGAGAGCGGUGCUGGAACGAACAUCCCGGCGCCUGGAGUGCGGGCGGGGGACGGCAGCAACAGCUCUCAGGUAGCAACAGACGUGGGUGGAAUGCCACCAGCCAGAGAUCCUCCAGUGUUAUCCAGCCAUCCAGCUUCUCCAAAUCCACACCAUGGGGGGGCAGCAGAGAGCAAGAAAAGUCAUCUUUUGGUUCUCUUGAUUCUGGAGCUUCAACGAACAGGAACAGGGGGUUUGGAUUAUCUCAGAACCCAUUUGGUUCUUCACCUAGCUCUGAUGCACAGAAAGAUGAAAAGAAACUUCUGGAAGGAAUUGUAAAAGAUAUGGAGGUUUGGGAAUCAUCAGGGCAGUGGAUGUUCUCUGCUUAUUCACCAAUGAAAAAAAAAUCUAGUAUUUCAGGUUUUACAGACAUUUCACCAGAGGAGUUGAGGCUUGAAUACCAUAACUUCUUAACCAGCAAUAACUUACAGAGUUAUCUGAACUCCAUCCAACAGUUAAUAAAUCACUGGAGGAACAGGGUAAAUGAACUGAAAAAUCUAAAUACAUCCACUAAAAUAGCUUUGCUCGCGGACAUAAAAGAUGGGAUAAAUCAAGCAGCACCUACGUUUGGAUUUGGCAGUACACAGACAGCAGCGCCUGGGUCACCAGGUUUUCCAGUGAAUAACAACAUGAGUGAUAAUGCUCAAAAUUUUAGUUUUAAAACAAGCUCUGGAUUUGCCACCGCCCCUUCUGGAGGCCCUUCUGUGUUCGGGAAGAUGCCGGCAUUUGGAGCUGUUCCCUCCAGCAGUCCUGCCAUCACUACUUCUACUCCAGCUCCUGGCUUUGGGAAACCCCAGAUCACAUCUGCCGCUUCAUUUUCAUUCAAAACCCCUGCAGCCUCCGGUUUUGGCUCAGCCGGGUUUUCAGGAUUCCCAGCUCCCGUGGCAGCAGGCCCCGUCAGAGCUCCAGCGGCCCUGGCCUUCGGAAGCAGCAGUCCUGUGGCAGGCUUUGGAAACCCGGGCUCACAGUCUCACACUGCUUUUUCCAAGUCACCCAGUGACAGUUUCGGAAGUAGCAGCACAUCCACCUCUCUCCCCAUCUCCAAUGGCAGCACGACAACAGAUAGUGAAUUAUUCACGCCCAAGCAUCAACUAACAGCAGAAGAACUAGAGCAGUUUCAGUCCAAGAAAUUUACUCUGGGGAAAAUUCCAUUGAAGCCACCACCUGUGGAACUUCUGAAUAUUUGAAAGGACAAUUUUAGAUACAGAAAAGAAUGACUUUUAAAAUUAUUUUCAGUGGUUCAUAUAAAAGAGCAAAUAAACACACACGUAUGUAUAUACAUAUAUAUUUAUAAGGAACAGAGCUUUCAAUAAUAAAUGUAGGGUUUUGAAAUUUAUCAUUUUUUCUUGAGCCUAACUAAGUAAAACAAUACACAGCAGAUUUUCUUUUACUGCAAUUAUGAAUGGAACUAAAAAAGUCUGUCAGUGUGCACUGAAUAAAGUGCUUCUUUCUUUCUACAUCAUUUUACUAUCUUACUCUUUAAAGUUUUACCUGUAAACAUUUUUUUUUAAAGAAGAUAAUUUCUAGAACCACUAGGGGGAAAAUGCUUAAAUUUAGCUUACCAAAUAAACAUCAGUAGCAUGACUUCCCUUCAUGUAAAAGAAGAUACUUUUAAAAGAGAAAUAACAGGUUUUUUUAAGAGUGAAAACUUAAUUUUAGGACCCACGAGGUAUUUUCCCCUCAUGAUUUUGUUCCCCCCUCAGUUUU